GUUACUUCUUUCACAAUAGGACUGCCUCUCGAGCCCAGUGUGUGCGAGUGUGAUUGAGAGUUAUGUUGUUAAACCAGGCACACUGCCGCUCGACUUUACCCCUCUUCGCUUGACAGGACUUUCCCUUCAGAAGUCCUGGUGGUGCAGGGAGACUCCCACGUGUGGAAGCCGGAGCUCAAAACCGACUAAUUAACUGGCAACGACCUUCCCAACUCUUUCCCUUGAGGAGCACUUUUAAACCCCAGUUUCAUCAAAACACUGCUUCAACCCUUCCUCAGGAGAACGCUCAUGUGCUUACAAAGUGACCAGACGUUCUUGGGAACGCAGAUUUGCAACACAAGGAAAGUGGCACGAUGACAGGCCGGCUGCCCUCGAGGUUUCUGCUGUGGUUCAUUGUGUUGUCUGGCCUUGCGUUAUUGACGUUAUUUGUGGUCUGCGUGACUAACCAGAUUCAGGGGCCAUGGCAAGUGAUGAGCCUCCAAAGCUUCCCAAAUAAACAUUUCAGGAUUUUUUAUGACAAGAAUGACAGCAGUUCUAUGGAAUAUCAACCGUCCGCUGAGAAUGAACUGGACACUGCCGAAGAGCUUGAGCAGAAUUCUUUGCAGAAUGUUCAGGACUCAUCAGACUCAAGAAAUUAUGCAAAUUCUGGUCAACCGAAUUCAAUCACAAAUUCUUCAAAACCAGUGGCGAAACCCACUGAGCUGGACUUCUUUGGUGACCGGUAUGCAACAGAUGACAUUCCUCCACAGACAAAUUGUCCCAACAAUAUUAGAAAGCGCGUGCCUCAGACUCCAUUUUCUAAAAUGUUUCUGCACAAUAUUCCAGUGCUCCAGUGGGCAAAGCAUUUUAGUCUAGAAGAGUACGAGCGGUUGAGCCAUUACCACGGAGCACACGGCUGGGGAAGUGUCACUGCCGAAGUGUUGAACAGCUCACUGUCAAUAUUAAAUACAACUGCAAACCGGUUGAUGUUUGAUGACUGGGAGAACAGAGCAGACAGAUCAGAGUGCAUUCGCUGUGCUGUGGUGGGAAACGGUGGAAUACUGAAUGGUUCAAGGAAAGGCAAAGAGAUCGACGAACACAACUAUGUCUUUAGGGUAAACGGUGCGGCUCUUGCAGGCUUUGAGAAUGAUGUGGGAUCCCGGACGUCUUUUUACACAUUCUCAACCAACACCAUGAGAAAUUCAAUACGUAGCUAUUCUCGCGUAGGCUAUAGAGGUCCCCCUCUAUCCAAGGAAACCAGGUACAUAUUCCUGCCAGACCACGACCGUGACUAUAUUCUCAUGCAGGCGGCUUCCACACACAUGCCAAUCAAAAAGGGACCUGAGCGUAGCAAAAAUCCCCCUACGUAUUUCGGUGAAGAUGUGACGGUAGAAAAAUUCAAAAUUUACCACCCAGACUUUAUCCGCUACCUCAGAAACAGGUUCCUGCAUUCAAACCUCCUGAAAACAGGCGCGAGAAGGAUUUACAGGCCGUCGACAGGAGCAGUGAUGCUCCUAGCUGCUAUUCACACAUGUGACCAGGUGGACGCUUACGGGUUCAUGACCCCUGACUACACUUCGUAUUCAGACCACUACUACGACAAACAGCGACUUCCGGUGCAUUUCUAUGCCAAUCAUGACAUGCGAAUGGAAAUGAGGUUGUGGCAAGAGCUGCAUACUGCCGGACUGAUCAAUCUCUUCAUGAGGAAAUAAGCGCAAAAGGAUGGACGCUACACAUUGUAGGGGGUGUUUCUCACUGUCAGACCAGAAAUCAGAACUGAAACCUCUGGUAGGAGUGUGCAGGACAAACCUGUUCUUCUCCCCUUGGUAUAAGACAUACUUGCCCUGAAGGAAAAGCUCAUAAUUGUUGUUCAGCAAAAAAGACUAUGCGCUGAAACAACAUAAUCAAUCCAUGAUAUUUUCUACCUUUUGAGUCAAUUCAUGAGAGACGAAUGACUGACUAAUGUGUUAUGAGGAGGGGCCUUGUGAAACGUGGAUUGUGUUCAGGAAUAACUGAAUAACUCGUGUGUUCUUGGUUGCUGUUUGUUCACACACAUUGAGUCAUUUUACGCAGGUUGAAUCAUGGUCUUGCUUUGGGCCAUGUCCAGGUAUGCUGGUAUUCUGUAAUACGUGCCUUAAGACUUCCCAACGAUGGACCGUCAAGGUGUGUGAGAAACAGCGAGAGUUUAUAGUUUCAUAAAAUCACUCUAUGGGAAAAAUAAUCAACCAAAGAGAAUAAUUUAAAUUAUUUUAUUUUGAAUUCUUAAUCCUCUAUUUUUAACAUGGUGCGUGAGAGUAAAUGGUCCUAGAUGGUCCAUUCAAAACGCACCUGUUGCCAUGUUGUAUCAUGUGGAAAUCAAGAAGGGUUUUCUGUUUUUAAGAGUCUUUUUAUGCCUUAGGCUGUUUCGUUUACAGCUUAACUUUACUUAGAAGUUCUAAAGUGCAAUAUUUGACGGUUCAUUGAAUCAAAAUGUGAAUUUCUUCGGUGAUUUAUUUGUUCCUGCUUUGGGCUGUUUGAUCACUUGAUGCUUUCUCUUGAUUGUAUUUAACAAAUUGUUUACCAAAUAAUUUAACUGCUUCAGCACGCUCCUGGAGUUCAAAAAUCAUUCCACUUUUAUAAAACCGAGACUAACAAAUAAACGCAAAGAUGGUCCCACAGCAAGGGUGUAUUCUAAGCUCGUAAUAAAUACUUUGAAAUUGGGUUGUUAAUUA